AUGAUAACAUAUAGCAACGCGCACCUGCAAAAAGUGGUUUAUGUUAGUUACCACAAUUGGAUCCAAUUAGCCAGACUUUGAACGCUAAACUUCCAAAAUGCCACGAGAAGAAGGGUCUGAAAACCAAGAAGGUGCGAUUUCCUUCGAAACUCUGCGAGACGAGGGUCAGCAUUUCGUCCACGUACAACAGUUUGAUAAAGCUAUUGAAAGUUUCUCAAAGGCCCUUGAAUUGAAGCCAGAAGAUCAGCACUGUCUGGUCACACGCUCCAAGUGCUACCUGCAGGUCGGUAAUGCAGAGGCGUCCCUCGCAGAUGCUGAGGCUGCUUUGGAGCAGAACAAAGCGCUGAUCAAGGGGUUGUUCCAAAAGGCAGAAGCCUUGUACCAGAAGGGUGAUUUUGAGACAGCCCUCAUGUUUUAUCACCGAGGACACAGACUGCGGCCAGAGCUGCAAGAGUUUCGGUUGGGAAUCCAGAAAUCUCAAGAAGCCAUAAACAACAGCAUUGGAACUCCUGAAUCAGUCAAGCUGGAGGCAAACAAAGGUGACAUGUCAUAUUUCUACAAACAGGAAGAGGAACAGAAGGCAAAGGCCAAAAAGCAGCAGAAAGGGUCCUACCAGAAGCCCAUUGCAAAGAAAGAGGAACGCAAGGAUCGUGAGGCCCCUAAAGGGUCAGCUGACGCCAAGACAGUCAAACAGCUUCUUGGGGAGCUAUAUGGAGAUAAGGAAUAUCUAGAAAAACUACUCAAGGACCAAAGUCUUACAGGCAACAACAAACGCAACGACAUGAGUCGCGAGAUAAAAGACAAGGUCUGUGAUGGGCUAGAGUACCUGUAUGCGCGGGCUGAUUUCUGGCGCCAACAGAAGCCCAUGUACGCGCGCAAACGCGACAAAGACCUUCAGAUGGAGAAGAGAGCGUCAAGACGAGGAGUGAGAGGGUCCAUGGAGAAAGUGCUGACAAACCUCGAGAAAAUUGAAGAAUCGCAUGUACAGUUUAUGGAACAAAUAAUUCCAAAAUUGGAAAAUAUUGAUCAAGCUCAGAAUGAGGGCAAGUACCAGGAGAGCCUGGACCUCGCCAAGAAGACUCUGAAGCUGGUAGAGAAUGCUUCUGAUGAGGAAGUCCAGAAUAAACCGGAGUUGAUUGCCAGUCUCAACAGCAGCAUCGGCAAUGCCUACCUGGAGAUGAACAAACUCAACCAGGCUAUGGAGUUCCACCAUAGGGACCUGGACAUUGCUCGCGAACACAAUUUGGAAGACGCCAAGUCUCGAGCGUUGGAUAACCUCGGUCGUGUUUACGCAAGGAAGGGUGACUAUGAACAGGCUAUUGAAGUGUGGCAAGAGAAGAUACCUACCAGUAAAUCCGCCCUGGAAAGCACAUGGUUAUACCACGAGAUAGGCCGGUGCUAUUUAGAACUCGAAAAAUACCGCGAUGCUAAAGAUUAUGGUGAGAAGUCUUUAGCUGCUGCACAGGAAGCAGAGGACGAAGGCUGGCAGCUUCACGCCAGCGUCCUGGUAGCACAGUCUGAAGUUAAACUUGGUCAGAAUGAAAACGCAGCUAGUUCGUUCGAAAAAGCUCUCGAGUUGGCAAGACAUCAAAAUGACUCGGCAGCAGAAGAUGCCAUAUCUAAAGCCUUAGAAGAGAUCAACAACAAAAUAGUCCAAGGAGUCAAGGCAGAUGGGGAUGAAGGCACUUAUGAUGAAGAUUUUGAGACAGAGAGACGAUCACCCUCUCCCAAACCAAAGCAGGCCACCCCUCCAAAACAGGCCUCACCCAAGCAAACUACAUCACCCAAACAUCCCUCUCCAAGCCAUAAGUCUGUGACUUAUGCAGAACCAGAAGAAGAAACUCCUCCUGCUGAAGAAGCAAACAAAGACACAACAAACGUAGACCAGAAACAGAAAGAUGGAGAUUCAGAAGCUGAAGCUGUUGAUUAGUGCUUCAAAAGAAUCCCCCAAUGUUCAUCAUCUACGCAGGAAUGUUCAUCAUCUACGCAGGAAUACAAGUUCUGAUCAUUUUUUAUUGACAAUUUACGCAACAUUUUGGAUCUUAACAAUACAAGAAUUACUGAAAAAGGCAAUUGUGUUUUAUCAUCUCAAGCAUUUAAAUCAGUUGCCAGAUUUAAUAUUACUGAAGACAACAAAAUUUAGUGUUUCAGAUACUUGAAUUUACUUAGUGAAUAAACUGCCAUUUCUUUAAAAUACUCUUCAGGUAUCAUUUAACAUUUUUUCUUUAAAAAAACAAAUCAGUGUUAAUGUUUUUAUUUUGAAAAAAAAAUCUUUUUGUAAUUAAUGAAUGUUAAACAGACAUAAUUUGUAAAUAAUACGCAUAGAUUUAUUAAGGUAUUUAUAUUUUAUAUAAUUUCAGUUAUUGUAUUUUUGUAUUUUUUAAGUCUGGUCUGACAAUAAUACCUGUCUACACAUCUUAUAAUACAAAAUGCAGUGCUAAUGACACUAUAUAAGUAAUGCAUGGAUUUAACUCAAGGCAUUUGAACUGUUCAAGUUCUAAUAAAUAAUUUUGAGUUGGGUUUCAUACCAGUACACACCUUGGUGUUCAUUUUUCUUUAAAGGGACCUUUUCACUGAUUUUGGCAUGUACUGAAGUUUGUCAUUAAAUGCUUUAAACUGAUAAAUGUAAACAUUGAAAGUAAAUAGCUCCAGUGAAAACACAAGAAAAAAAUUAAAGAAAGAAAAAAGGGAUCCUUAACUGGACUCGAACCACUGACUGUUGGAUUAAAAGUCAGAUAAAUCACUUGGCCAUCCGAGCCCAUUGUAAAGUGUUGUUGUUUAUUCUUUAAAUAAGCAAUCCUCAUAAUGUCACAAAGUAUAAUCAUAACAACAGAACUCUACUAAUUAUGCAAUCGUUUUUUUUUUUGUUCAGGUUUUUAAAUCUUCAAAAGUUGGAUAUAAUAGAUAUUUUAGAGCAUGGUAAAUGUUCAGUAUUACUGUUGCCUAGCAAAACAUUAAACAACAAAAAACAGUGCUGUACAUUCGGUUGAUGACACAAAACAUGAAAAGGUCCCUUAAAGUUAUUGGUUGCUUGCACAUUAAGUUUGGUUAAAACUAUAAAUAUUAUAUUCUUGGUUAAAAACGUUUUCCUUAUUAUAUCUAAAUAUUGAAUACAAUUCCUGUAAAAACUAUCUAAUGAAUAUGAAGUUAUAUUGUCAUGUAACAAUGUUUGUCGAAAGUUAACCCCUUUCCCCCAUAAGAAGCAAAGUGAAAAUGGCUUUUGCAACCUAAGCAUAAAACCAGAACAGGUUUUAUGCUGUUUUUGCUCACAAGCAUCUAAGGGCUGGAAAUGAAGCCUUUAAAACUUGAAUCUAGUAAAAAGGUGAUUAAUCAAAGUCAACUUUCUAUGGGACUACACAUGUGUUAAAAAAGAUUAUCCAAAAAUUAAUGGAAAAGGGUUAAUAGUUAAUUUAAGUUUUAAAGUGAAAAUGAUGUAAAUCAUGCUAGUACUGGUAUGCACAAUUAAGUUUGACAUCUGAAUAUGUUAUGUUCAUCGUAUGCACUUGUUACUGCCAAUACUUCCUGUUAUUCAUUAUUUAAGUAUAAUAUUAAUUUUGACCGAUGUACUUUGCUAUUUUAAGUGGUAUGUUAAUGAUGUGUUUUCAAAGAUGACUUAGUUACUUGACUGUUUUAAGCUCUACUGCCAAAGGCAGAAGAGCUUAUGGGAUGGCAUGGUGUCCGUCUGUUUGUCUGUCUGUCUGUCUGUGUGUGUAUGUGUGUGUGUGUUAGACUUUUCUUGUUUAUCCGAUAAAGUCCACAGUUUUCAUCCGAUUCUUUUCAAACUUGUUCAGUGUCUUUAUAUUAUUGAGGACUCGAACCCUAUUGAUUUUCAGGUCACUGGGUCAAAGGUCAAGCUCACAGUUACUCGAAAUAGUAAAAUGGUUUCCGGAUGAUAACUCAAGAAUGCUUAGGCCUAGGAUCAUUAAACUUCAUAAGUACAUUGAUCAUGACUGGCUGAUGACCCCUUUUCAUUUUCAGGUCACUAGGUCAAAGGUCAAUUUCACAGUGACUCAAAAUAGUAAAAUAGUUACUUUUUCUUGUUUAUCCUAUAAAGUCCAUGGUUUUCAUCCGAUUCAUUUCAAACUUGUUCAGUGUCUUUAUAUUAAUGAGGACUCGAAACCUAUUUGUUAUCAGGUCACUGAGUCAAAGGUCAAGGUCACAGUGACUCGAAAUAGUAAAAUGGUGUCCAGAUGUUAACUCAAGAAUGCUUAGGCCUAGGAUCAUGAAACUAAAUAGGUACAUUGAUCAUGACUGGCUGAUGACCCCUAUUGAUUUUCAGGUGACUAGGUCAAAGGUCAAAGUCACAGUGACUCGAAAUAGUAAAAUGGUUACUUUUUCUUGUUUAUCCGAUAAAGUCCACGGUUUUCAUCCGAUUCUUUUCAAACUUGUUCAGUGUCUUUAUAUAAAUGAGGACUCAAACCCUAUUGAUUUUCAGGUCACUUGGUCAAAGUUCAAGGUCACAGUGACUCGAAAUAGUAAAAUGGUUUCCAGAUGUUAACUCAAGAAUGCUUAUGCCUAGGAUCAUGAAAUUUCAUAGGUACAUUGAUCAUGACUGGCAUAUGACCCCUAAUAAUUUUCAUCAAAGGUCAAGGUCACAGAGACUCAAAACAGUAAAAUUGUUUCCAGAUGAUAACUCAAGAAUAAUAAGGCCUAGGAACAUGAAACUUUAUAAAGGCAUUGAUUAUGACUGGCAGAUGACCCCUAUUGAUUUUCAGGUCACUAGAUCAAAGGUCAAGGUCACAGUGCCAAAAAACGUAUUCACACAAUGCUGCCACUACAGCUUGAUUGGUCGUUGUCGGCUCGGGUACUACUUACAUGUACCCCGGGUACAUUUAAGUAUACUUACAUGUACUCCGGGAACGGUAAAUAUACUAAAACGUACCCGGCCGAUAUUAGACUGUACCGGAGUUAAAUUCCCGCAAAAAAAUUCAAUGUCGUAAAACGCGCUACCGAUUAUUGUCAUUAGAAAACACACUUCUAUUUAAAAAAAACUUCAUCAACAUGCUGUUUGAAUAUGAGUUUCGAUCAUAUAAAGGCCAUUAAAUAGAAAAUUGACAUAAAUAUAAACAUGAUUUUUUAAAGCCGACAACGACUUAUUUAGCGUUAAAAUUCCCGGGUACGUUUAAGUGUAUUUACCGUACCCGGGGUACAUGUAAGUAUACUUAACUGUACCCGGGGUACAUGUGAGUAGUACCCGAGCCGACACUGACCAAUCGAGCGCCGCUACAACUGACAGCCCAUAUGGGGCAUGUUUUACAAACAGCCCUUGUUUAAAAAGAGCAAUAUCAAAGCAAUAAGUCCAGAAUGACUUCCCCUUGAAUAUGAGAAAAUUUUGAAAUCCCACUUGUUUACGCAAUUAAUUCCACAGUUUUCAUCCAAUUAUUUCCAAAUUUGCACAGUAUCUUUAUAUUAAUGAGGACCUGAACCCUAUUGAAUAUGAGCAGUAACGGAGAAAUAAGUACACAAUAAUCUUCCCUUGAAUUUGAGAAAAUUCUCCUUGUUUGUGCAAUUAAGUACACAGUUUCCAUCUCAUUCUUUCCAAACUUGCGCGGUGUUUAUAGCAGAAGAGCGAUUCAGGCCCUCAUGGGCCUCUUGUUUUAUUAAUACAUAGACUUUUUACAUCUUUGUUUUUGAAACACACAAAUUCCUGAUGAUUUACUUUUGAUAGUAGGAACAUUACUUUCUGUGAUCUAUGUUUUGAAAGGAUUUGAUUUGAAAAAUAAAAUAAUAUUUGAAA